AUGGCAUUAAAGCGACUUAUGAAUUUGCGACUAGCAGCUCAAUACACUGCACUUUUCCAGCUUUUCUUUAUCAUGGGCGUUUUGGUCUACUCCAGUGUGGAGACCUGGGACAAAAGUGCGGAGGAUAUUCAAAGCGGAAGAUUGAGUUUCAACGUCGUCGGCUACUACACUGCUAUUUUCGGCCUCGUCGGCUUGUUCACUGCCGUCGAGCUUUAUGCUCAUUGCUUCAACAUGAUGCGAUUCUGGGUGAUUGCCACUGUUAUUGCGCUUUAUGUUUUUGGUGGAAUCAUGUCUUGCUUUGGCUUUGCUGUAUCUCUUGUCAUCCUCCUCGACGAUGACGAUUCCCAGAGUCCACUAAAUCCGCACGUAAGGCCCCUACAGUCUGCAGAUUUUAUGUCCCUCAUCCCUCCACAGAAGCACAAACCACUUACAAAAGAAGAAUCCGAAUUCCUCCUUCUCUUCAUGGUUUGCCUUGGCUCAUUGGCGAUCAUUAUCACCGGGCGAAUUGCUCUAGCCUUCUACACGAUCAAGGCGCACAAGGCUGAGACUUUGCGAACAAUUCGAGCGAUACGAAACGUGGGUAUGACAUUCGACAUGAGUCAGUUCCCGCCCAACUCUGAAGUACUCUCCGUUGACCGGACAUCACUUGCAGCCUCUACAAAUCCACCGGCUUACAAUGAAUGUGUCAAAGAAGAAGGAAGCUUGCCAAGAUACUGUGACAUAAAAGAUUUCUCCUAA